AUGGAAGAAACAAGGAAGCUCUCUCCAAAGCCAUGUAAAAGCAAAGAACCUGUGAAAACAGAAUGGGGAUCUCAGAGUGUUGUGUUUACCUAUUUCCAAGGGGACAUUAACAGUGUGGUAGAUGAACAUUUUUCUAGAGCUCUAAGCAAUGCCAAGAACCCCCAAGACCUGAGCACAAAGCACAAGAGUGAGACUGUUGUCCUGAAGAAUGUCGAUAGCAUGUCUCCCCAUCAGUGGAAUUUCUCAUCGCAUUGCUACAAACCAUAUCCAUCAUCUGGUCUGAAUUUUCCUGCUGCUGGUGUGGCAGGCCAGUACCAGGCACCAGCUCUGCGGAGUCACCCAGCUCAGCCUGCAGAUCUGUGGCCCUUCCCUUCAGCUGGGACUCCCAGUCUCGCCAGUUCGGUGUAUCAUCACGGCUUGUCUGAGCUGCACGCGGCGGAUGAACCGAUCUCUGACAGGAAAUACGGUUCUCUUCUUGGUCUUCUGCAACAGGAAAGGUGCCUAACAUCCAUGCAAGAAUGUACCAUGAAGCAACACUCAAGUCCUGCUUGUAUGACUGGACCUGCUAGGUUACAAAAUAUGAGUCAAAGUUCAGCUCCUGGGGGAGAGAGGAAAGCAAGCUCUUACCAAGGCUCAGAAAACCCCAGUGUAAGCCAUGCCACUGCAGGUAUUCAGAUUAAUGACAGAAGACGAGAUUUGUACUUUUAG